AUGGAAACAACAACUAUAAUACCAUGCGAUCCUGCGUACUCUACCGGAAUCGAAAUGAUUAAAUUUUUUGUGCAAUUCUUUUAUCUAUUCCCGACACUCAUUAUCAACAUUAUGAUUGUAAGAAAAAUAUACUCGACGAAGAAAAGAGCUUACUUCAUGAAAAAUAAAUUCUUUCAGUUUUUCGCGGUCGACUGUAUUGUCGUAAGUUUAACAGUGCUUUUAUGAAACCGAGAGAAUUUUUCAGAGCGUUUCAGACGCUUUGAUCGAUAUAAUCUUUUUCCGACUACUAAUCUACAUUAUUCCGUUGUGCGAGCCAAUGGUUGCCACAUUUGGAUACAAAAGAGAUGCCUACUGGUUCACGCCUGCAUUCUUCCUUUAUUAUUACCUAAAAACUACGAGAUACGUCAUUCAAUGGUUCAUCUCGUUGAACCGGAUGACCUGUGUUGUACUACCUACUUUUCACGAAAAGGUGGGUUGCAGAGAAAGCCGAAAAAAAGCAAAUUACAGAUUUGGGACAACUAUUUUUGGCUCUGUAUCGCAGUGAUUUUCGCGAUCCCGUUGGCAGUGACUUGGAACACUUCGAUCUCGAAAACAUAUAUCAAUAAUCAGUUUGGUGGCCUUUCAAUAAACUACACUAGAGCUGUGUCUUGGGUGAGAAACUAUUUUUUACUUUUCUGGUGAGAAAGGGCCAUUAAAGUAUAGUAUGACCUUCCCGCAAAUCCAAUACUUACUUACUUUUCAUUGAUGAAAAAUCAGCAGAACUUCGUUCAAUUCAAAAAAAAAGCAAGAAAAACCAUCAAUUUAGGCUAGUUUAUCAAACUUCACUCUGAUUUUAUGUAGCAUCACGUUUUUCGUGAUAACAAUAUCCACGGGAUUGAUCUUAUUCGGCCUAAAAAAUGGUUCGAACGGCCUGAAGUCAUCAGAAAGAAAUCUUUGUAUUGUUGCUUUUGUUACGGGUGGAAUCUUGAUUCUUAUUUGUGCAGUACAGGUAUGAGUCAAUGAAAUAAAUAAUUAAAAGUUUUUUUUUCAGGCUUUUUUCGCCUUUCAAAAUACACUAGUAACAGCUGCAAGGAAAUAUAUAUUCGCUAUCAGCUUUAUCGUCACCGACAUAUUCACCGUCAGGUCUCAAAAUUUUUUCACAGCUAAUCGAUAAAAUAUCGUAUUUUCAGUUCACCCGUGAUGAUUCUGUGUAUGAGUUCAGUAUUAAGAAAAGAAAUCAUCAAGUUCGAGAAAAAGUCCGGAUUGCCCGUAACAGUUCAGUCAGCGAAACCAAGUUUCACUACUCGUGUUACCCAAUUGCAAUGAAACUUUUGAAAUUGGACGCUUGAGUCAUAACUUUGUUUUUUGAAUUGCGAUCAAAACAAAGAACAUUUUCUUCGGCAAGGUGGUUUUAGAUUUCGAAGCUCAAUGGCAUUUCUUUUUCUUUCCAAUAACAACAGCUGAGAAUGAAAAUCGUUUCCUGCUUUCUAAACUGCACUCUUUUUUGAACAUUUCUUUUUCGUUCGUAUCCUUAAAAAGGAACAGAAAAGCCCCUUCAAUAGUUCUGUAUAUGAACACAGUCCGUCCACCCAAUAUCCCUUGCGAUCCUUCUUACGAUACUUUUGUCGAACUGUUGAAAUAUUUUAUCCAAGCAGCUUAUUUGAUUCCAACGCUGCUAGCUAACUUCCUGAUUAUUUGGAGCAUCAUGUUCUCUCUCAAUGGGAACCCUUUCAGCAGUAACGCCUUCUUCAGGCUUCUUGCUUUCGACGCCUCCAUUGUACGUCUUUUUUCUCAAGAGGUCUCCGUUUUUAUCUAUUCCAGAGCAUUUCCUAUCAUCUUCUGGAGCUCUUUCUGUUCCGACCAAUGGUUUAUAUCACCCCACUGUGCCGUCCGCUGGUUUCAGCCUUCGGCUACGACGUUUCAUCGUUUUCAUAUUGGUUCACGGCUCCGUAUUUUCUCGGCGCUUACCUCCGAGCUGCGAAAUUCACCAUGCAAUGGUUUCUAUCGCUAAAUCGUAUGACCUGUGUCAUUCUUCCAACUGUUCAUCAAAAGGUUCUACUGAUUUCUUCUGUAAAAUCGCAUAAAAUUCGUGCUUCUCAAGCUCCUAUCUCCCAGAUUUUUCUUUUCAGCUUUGGAUGAACGUAUUUUGGUAUUGCAUUGGAGUGGUCUUUAUUGUGCCCCUUUUGUUAACUUUCAACACUGCGAUAUCUCCAACUUUUCUAAAUAAUCAGUUCGGAGGAUUAUUCGUUCUCUAUAUUCGCUUCAUACCUUGGGUGAGUUGUGUCUUCAAUUUUUGCUCACAAGGGACCGUUUUUGCCUCCCUUUUCUAGAACCUUACUGAUUAUUCGAUCCCAGGCCAGUCUUUCGGCCUUUAUGCUCGGCCUCUGCACAUUAACCUUCAUUAUCAUCGUUUCUUCCACGAUUAUAACUAUUUGCGGGAUGAUUUCCAUGCCCCAGAGGUUGAAAAGAACCGAAAAGAAUCUAUGCGUCGUGGCUUUUGUCACAGGCGCCGUCAUGAUCUUCCUUUGCAUUUGUCAAGUCAGUUUAUAUAUAUUAUUUUUCUCUGAAAACUCUCACAAGCUAUCGUUUAAGGCGUUUUUUGCGUCUGAAAGCGGCGCAGUUGAUUCGAAACUCCGAAGAUUUAUCUUUCCCGCACAGUUUCUCCUUAUCGACAUCUUCAUUGUGAGGUUGGAAAAAAAAGAAAAAAAAAAAUUAUAAACGGGAAGAAUUCAGCUCACCGGUCAUGAUCCUCAGCAUGAGCCCGGCGUUGAGAAAAUCCGUGUUCAGAACAAAAAAUAAGAAUUCUCCCGUGGUGAUUGUGUCACAUUCUGCCUCCCAUGCAUCACGUUAA